AUGCAUUUUGUAUGCCAAAAAUGCCAUUCGCUACUCAAACUUAAAGAAAACUACGAUGAUGAGUUGGUGAAACAGAAAUUGUUUCCAAAAAGCGUGAGUUUGUGGACGCCAUCAUUAACAGAGACGAAUGAGGAGUGCGAAAGUGAUGAUGAAACUGCUUCUUCAGUAGAGGACUAUCCUGUGGAGCGACUACAGUUAUACAAAAAAGCGCUUAAAGAAGGGGAAUCCGAUUUUCCUCAAUCACCUCAAACAGAAUUGAAAACACCAACUCUUGACUCGUUUGUGGUUUUACCAGCGUCACAUGAUGGAUACAACGAGAAUGAAGACGAACGGAAUCCUUCUACGGAGGUAAACGACUUGUUUAGUUGGAAAAUAGAGAACUACUAUCGAAUCUUUGAUUUAUUGUCUGCAAAAACAAAAGUGAAUCAUCCAUUGUGUGAAGAAUGCGCUGAAUUGCUGGCAGAAGAAAUGACGAAAACACUAAACUCUACAAAAGCUGAAAAAAACUUGUAUUCAUAUUACAGUAAUAUGCUGGCUAAUCAAGAUUUUGAAGAAGAAGAUAUCUCCCAAUUCGAAGCCGAUGUUCAAGAAAUUUCUGAAAAGAUUAAGGAAAAAGAAAAAGCAAUAGUCGAUUUGUCCGCUCAGGAACAAGAAUUACAAAGUCACUUCCGCGAUAUGAUAAUUGAAUGUGAAAAGACGAACGUCGAGGAAAAUGAAUAUAAAAAAACAUUAAAUCAACUUUUGAUGAAAGAAAGUGCCUUAGAAAAGCAACGCGAUUGUGCACAAUUAGAAUUUGAACAUAAUUCAAAAAAGUUCGAAAAGCUCCAGAAAAUGAAUGUCUUUAGUGAUAUUUUUUAUAUAUCGCAUUAUUCCGAACCAAAUGGUGAGGGAUCCAUUGCUACGAUCAAUGGCUUGCGGCUGGGCAGGUUACCUAGUCAAAAGGUAAGCUGGAGUGAAAUAAAUGCUGCAUGGGGGAUGACGGUUUUACUUUUGGAUGUUCUUGCUGAAAGACUAGACUUCCAUUCCCCUUUAUACCAACUCAAGCCCUUUGGUAGUCAAUCGUAUAUUCUUCGUUAUGAUCAGGAUCUUAGCACUGGGAAUACGAAGCCUGUGAGAAUAGAUCUAUUUUCUACUGGUGAACUGAAAAUUUUUAUGAACCGUCGGUUUGACCAAGGAAUGGUGGCCUUUUUGGACUAUUUGCACCAGCUUGGAGACUUUUGUGCAGCCAAUACGCCGUCGGCCAUCUUACCUUAUCCUAUAGAAAAUGAUCGUAUUGGAAGUAAGUGUAUCAGACUUGCUUUCAAUCAAGACGAAAAUUGGACGCGGGCUUUGAAGUUUGUUUUGACGAAUAUUAAAUUUUUAGAAGCAUAUGUUUCUUCGCAGGAAAAGCAUACCAACUUUUAA